CAGUUUUUAAAAUAUUAGCAACAAAAUUCAAAAGUUGACAAAUAAAACAUGGAUCAGAAUAUCAACGAUCAAAAUAGGAAGCGAUCGGCCAACCUUUCGUUGGAAGACAAUAGAGAACCAAAGGAUAAAUCGAAGAGAGAGUUGCCUCCAAUUCUCCGUCCGAAGUUUGAAAAACGUCGUAGACGUCGCCGCUUACGGAAACGAACAUCGAGAGAUUCAGCAUCUAGAGAUGAUAUGGAAUCUAUAGAGACUCUUCUAACAGCAAUACCACCAGAUGAAGGUUCAGAGAAUCGAGAUGAGGAGAAGCCACAGUCAUGUGAGACUGCAGAAGAAGUACCAGCUGAACAAUCGAAUCAUCCGAAAGAAAGAGAAAUUGAAGAACCAGCGUGUCGCAUAUCAGACAUUCGAAUCGAAGUGCCUCAGCCGCCUCCUCUUAUGAAGAAAAGUGACAAGAAACGGAAAAUGAGAGAUUCCAUGGAAUCAUUGGAUGAAGGAGAAAAGUUAAAGAGAAAUUCAUCGAGACGGAAGAAAAAUGGAAGAAGAAAGAAGAGUGAUGUUCGGAAAGCUCAACAAGGAUCAGAUGAACGCAAGAAACAUAAGAAGCAGAACAGCAAAAACCUAUCAAAGGAGCAGAUCAGAAGUCUAGUAGCGUCACCAGCUGCAAACGUUGAUAAGACACUCGAGAAUUUCGCUUCAAAAAAGGGGAAAAGGUUGUCAGUGGUGAAGUCAGCUGAGUCUGCCAAAAAGACUCCAACAGUUGAUUCAACGAAGAAACCUCCUCCUUCACCGAAAAAGGCAAUCAAUUCAUUCUUCAAAAACAUUUAUGAUAAAACAAGGUCGUGGAUGAGAAAGUCUGAUGAUGUCGCACAACCAACAAAGGAGAUGCUGUGUAAACCAUGUGUUCUACCUGAGUAUGAUGUCAACAAUGCCGCCGAUUUUCUUCCGGAUCCACAUCAAAUCUUCAACGAAGACGAAUGGAAGCUUCGAAUGAAAAAUCUGAAAUGCGAACGGGAAGAUAUUUUCAUUAAUAAUCGGCCAUUCUGGAUUAAUCGAACCAAGGAAGAUGUGAUUCCAAAAUGCAAGCUGAUUGCACAUUCUGGACUGGUAACCGAGUACACCCUGAAUGCUUCCAACUUUAUGAAGGAAGUUCCAAGACGAUCAUUUUAUGAUCCAAGAAGAGAUCCGAUGGAGAAGUUUAUGGCAGUUGAUAAAGUUAUUGGAGUUGAUCCGUCGGAUGUUGGCAAGGAGAAAGAAUUGAAAAGAAUCGUUUCGAAUACCUUUUAUGGUACUUGCAGUGUGCACGCAUAUCGCAGAAGUGAAGUUGGCAAGAAGAAAGUGGAUGACUUUGAGAUGAAGAUAUCGACUGCUGAAGAGAAGAAGUUGAGCUGUGAAGCACCGAAAGUUUCAUUUCAAUUAGCCGAUAAAUCGCUGCAAUUGAAUGUCUAUAAUCGAAAAGAACGGCCAAAUACUGGAGAUUCUCGGAAAUUCACAAAGAUCGAUUAUUCAGAAACUGAACAUGUUAAGAAAAGGGCACCAAAGCAGAAACAGUUGGCUGUUGUUGUUGUAUCUCCAUUGCCUGCCCAGAAACAUCCAAUUGAGAACAAAAUUUAGUUUUUUUGCCAAUUUUUUCAUGAAUAAAAGUUUGUUUG